AUGACUGCCUUGAUUGCCUUGUUCUUCAUUCUUACUGUGCAAGCAGCGCUUGCUUUUGAUGACCCAUGGAGAGCUGUGGAUGAGGAAAACGAUGAUAUGAUGGCCGAUCCGCUAGGACCGUCAUUUGAAAGCGGUUCCGUCAUACACAGAACGCCAAAAAUUGUGAAGCGCGAAAGGAUUACGGUCAUCAAACAUCAUCCUAUGCGCGCUGCAGUUUCUCGACAUUUUUUCAAAGACAUACCGUACAUGUUGCACAACGAAGAUCUAACGGAUGGACUGGCAAGAAAAAAGAGAUCAGUUCAGCAAAACUGAGGAAUGCAGUGAUUGUAUUGCGAACUUUGAAAGAAAUAAAUGCUUCUGAUUA